CUUGUGAGAACAUACGAUGGACCAGCCGAUGCAUGCCAGCAUGGCCUUGGAGCUCAUGUUGCUUGCGACCGUUGGUAUCUCGUUGCGCCGCGACACAGCGGGCCACUCUCCGACGAUCGCGAAGAGCACUCCCCCCGCCAAUGCUGACGACGCGGUCGAGGAUUUUCGCGAGUGCCAACGAGAGUUCGCAGCAUUUGAUGUGCGCCUCGCCAACGCCUCCAAGGCGACUGAGGCGCCACCGCCAGCGCAGGCCCCAGAGAUUGUGCCCAUCUUACUCACGGCGUCCGACUCUAAGGCGGCGCUCGACCCCAAAACACGACUGUCAACGUCCGAAAAAACAAACAAGUCGCGCCCUGUGACCGUCCAAGGAAGCGGUCGACGCGAUGAGCGCGUGAUGACACCGUCAAGCUCUGGGUCGCGUCUGCCGUCUCCGUCAAAAAAAGAAGCGGCGGCGGCGGCCGCUGCGGCAGCGGCGUUGGCCGAGGCAGCAGCAGCGCAAGCAGCAGCGGCCGCCGCUGCUGUGGCGAAAGAAGAAGAGGAAGAGGAGCUUGGGUACCUUCGAUGCACGCUAAGCGACACGUACUCCGACUUGGAGGCGUGUUCACUUGACUGGUGCAACGAACUGUCGGAGAUCUUGGCCGUGGGCCAUGAUCCGAGCAAGGUCGUCCGUGCUGUACGCACCCUACGCCUCACCAAACUUGGGAUCGAGGCGAUUGAUGGUAACUUUGCCCGGCGACUCCAGUAUCUGGAGCGCAUCGACUUGAGCGACAACAACCUCUCUCUCCUCGAGCACCUGCCGGCGUCCAUUCUCGAAGUCGACGCGUACAACAAUGCGCUUUCGGACGUGCGUUUGGUCUGUCCACAGCUUGUACACCUGGGCUUGGGACUCAACGCUUUUGGCGUGUGUCCCGCCUUGCCAACCUCGUUGCUAUCGCUGGACCUCUCCUUUAACAAGCUCGUCGCGCUCGACGUGCUCGUAAACGCGCUUCAAGACCUUCCGCAUUUGCGCCACGUCUUUCUUGUCGGGAAUCCCAUCACUCUUUGUCGCGGGUACCGCCAUGCGCUCCUUACGCAACUGCCGACGCUCGAGGUAGUGGAUGAUAUUGCGAUUCGGGACAAAGAGCGAGAGGCCACCAAGAACGUCGACUUGAGUGAGGAGCAUUCGGUCGACCUCACGGCAGCCGUGACCGUGCUGGGUCUUCCAGAGCCAACCGACGCUGGCCCCAAGUUUGCUGUCACAGUCGAGAUCGCAUCGGGUUUGCUACACGAGACCCUUGCGGAAGUCGCAGUCAACGGCAACUGCCGCGGGUACGAGAUGGCGCGGCGCUCUUUGGCUCCGUCCGUGGCACUGCGCGACUGCCUGAAGUUUCAAGGGCUCGUCGUGAAAGUUAGCGAAGUGCGACCAGGGCUGGGCAAUGCAGCAGAAACCAAGACAUCAAUCCUGUGGCUUUCGAUGAUCGUCGACGUCGCGGCUUUCCUCAAGCCGGCAUCGAUUGAGCAGGCGCUGGGCGAGAUUAGCGUCGCCAAGGCUAUCCAGAUGAACGUUGUAUCGCCCGACGUCGCUGGCGCCGGCGGUGACUAUCAGCUGCAUGUCAAGCUCACGCUCAAUGAGCGCAAAACCAAAUGAUGCGGUGGUUUGUCCCAAAAUUCACGUUUCACACCAUGGUGCACGAGGGUUGAGUCAGCGUUUGACCAAGAUGACGUUAACGUUUUUCACGUGAAUAAACCACACCAACACGUUUUCCACAGGCUGGGCUUAUUUGGCCGAUUAAAUAUCUCCAGAUGAAAUACAAAUUCAAAGAGUGA